AUUCUUUGUUUGUUGUGUUGUGCGUAUUGAACAUUUUGAGGUGUCUCCUUUCCAACUUCAAAUACAAACCCAAAAAAUCAAAAGCCUCCAAUUUCUAUUUUUCACCCUUUCCUCCACCGCUAAGGGAUUCAUCCAAUCACCCCCCCCCCCCCCCCCCAUCAUAUAAAGAACCUCUUAAAAAGGGAUUGUAUAAUUUUAAUUUAUUGUAAUAAAGAAAACCUCCAAAUUAUACCCUUUUAUCAAAAAUUCCGAAAAAGAAACACUUCAAUGGCGACUGUCAAUCGUGAAGCAAUUGAGACUUUCAUGAGCAUCACCGGUGCUCCUGAGUCUGUCGCUACACAGAGACUCCAGGAACAUGGUGGUAAUCUCAAUGAAGCUGUUAAUGCACAUUUUACUGAGGCAGAUAGAAAUAUUUUGCAGGAAGCCCCUAGCAUAGGUGCUGCUCCACCAAAUGAUCUCAUGGAUAUAGAUGAUCCACCCAUAAUGCAGACUCGUGGUCCUACAUCUCUAUUAUCUUCUACUAGAGCGUUUGAUCCAUUUUCUAUCCUUGAUCCAGCCUUUAGGGGGAGCCUAUUGAAUAAUAGAAGCUUUUUUGAUACCAGCGCUGAGCUCAUGGAACGUGCCCCAUUUGUGUCUCAACCAAGAGAAUUAAGGGAAAUCCCCAUAGAAGUCAAGGAUGGUGGCAAUUAUAAUGCUGCUUCUUCUGGUAGUGGUCCUAGGAUUGAGGAUGUUACUGAUACUCUUAAUGCAGAGGGAAUACGUGGAACAGUCAUUCUGGAAGAUGAAGAUGACAAUGUUAUUCCGUUGAAUGUAGGAGGUAAUAGGGAUGAUACCAGACCUAGUGCACCUCAAUUUGAUGAUAUGCCAGAUCAUGCAAAUGAUAUAGAGGAAGAAAUGAUCCAGGCUGCCAUUGAAGCUUCCAAAAGAGAUGUUGAACUACAGAAUAUUCAAGGCUUGCACGAGGCUGGCCCACUGCAGGAGCCAUCUCAGCGCGAUGAUACUGAUCUUACAGCAGAGCAGGAAAAAUUGCAAAGAGAGACAAGUAUCAAGGCUGGAGCAUCUGGUUCUGUUUCUGAUGAGCGUUUUGAGGUGGAAGAGCUAGGGAAAUUUGAUGCGCCAAAUCGAAGGCAAGGUGUAGAAUCUUCUCACAAUUUGACUCGUCAAAUAAAAGAAGCUGGGAGUUCAUCCUUCCAAGAGGAAGUCUAUGAAUUGGAUGAGCAACCACUGGUCCGAAAUAGGCCAAGACGUAGGUCUUCUGCUUCAGCUAUGGCUAGCAGAGAAGUAGGAGAGUCUGAAGCUAGUCCUGCUCUGAAUCCUCUACAACCUACUGUUGCUAGCCAGUCACAAACUAAUGGAAAUGCUUUCCCUGAUGAGUGGGGGGGUAUCUCCUCCGAGGAGCACGAUGAAGCAGUCAUGCUGGAGGCUGCCAUGUUUGGUGGACUUCCUGACAGGGGAUUUCGUGUACCAUAUGCUCCGCAUCAGAUGAUGCACCCUGGUUUUGACACAACCUGGAGAAUGCCUCGUCCCCCCUCACCAAGCCUAGUUGCUCAGCGUGCUAUUCGAGACCAGCAGGAUGAUGAAUACCUUGCUGCAUUGCAAGCUGAUAGAGAAAAGGAAUUGAGGGCUAUGGAGGAAGAAAAAGCAGCUAGGAAAGCGGCACUGGAUGAGCAGAGGAGAAAGGAUGAAGAAUUGCGGAUGAAAUUAGAGGAGGAGCAGGAGCUUGAGAGACAACUGGCUGCAAAAGAGGCUUCUCUUCCAGAGGAACCAUCAUCUGAUAGUGAGAAUGUAGUCACUCUUCUUGUUAGAAUGCCCGAUGGAAGUCGACGAGGCCGCCGAUUUCUCAAGUCUGAUAAAUUGCAGUCUCUCUUUGACUUCAUUGAUGUUGGGAAAGCCGUCAAACCUGGAAUUUAUCGAGUGGUAAGGCCAUACCCUCGCCAAGCAUUCAGCAAUGAGGAGAGCAGCUUAAGCUUUAGCGAUCUCGGCUUAACAAGCAAACAGGAAGCGUUGUUCUUAGAGUUAAUUUAAAGAUGACACCACAGAACUUGUAGAGAAAUUCAAAUGUUUUUAUCCACUCGGUAAUUUGUAGAAAUAUAUGAUCUUCAUGCACAUGGAAGUUGGAUCAUCUGACUGCCAAUUAUAAGUACAAGUAACUCCCAUGUGUUAGGAGGAGUGGAAAUGGAAAAACACGGUCAGGGCAGCGUUUCAUUGCCCCGGUUGAUGAAUUUGUUCAUUUGGAUGAUUGAUUGUUUAUCUGUUUAUGUUUCUUGCUGCAUACUGUGUUGCACAGCUUUGCACAACAGAAAGGAAUAUAGGAAGUUUUGUGAUCAACUUUGUUGCCAUCUUUGAUGGCAUUAGAUACCUUAUUGAGCAUAACCGAUCAGGUAUUGGCCUCAUAACAAAAGUCCGAUUUUCCUUGAA